UCAUCCUCACCCUCCUCCUUUCAUCUCUUUGGGCCCCUUAAAUAUAACCAAAGCCAUGAACAUAUUCCAAGACUGGCCUGAGCCUAUUGUCCGUGUUCAAUCCUUAUCCGAAAGCAACCUCCAAGCCAUACCAAACCGCUACGUCAAGCCUCUGGCUCAACGUCCAAACUUACUCUCUGAAAACUACCAUACCAAAAACAACCCUCACACCGCCGCCAUACCAAUCAUUGACUUAGGCGCCAUAUACACAAACGACAUAACUCUACAGGCCAAUGACGAGAUCUCGAAAGCUUGUAGAGAAUGGGGAUUCUUUCAAGUGGUGAACCAUGGGAUGAGUCCUCAGCUCAUGGAACGAGCUAAAGAAAUAUGGAGAGAGUUCUUUCAUCUUCCCAUGGAGCUUAAGAACAUGCAUGCUAAUUCGCCAAAAACUUACGAGGGAUAUGGAAGCCGACUUGGCGUAGAGAAGGGUGCUAUUCUAGAUUGGAGCGACUACUAUUAUCUUCAUUAUCAGCCUUUGUCUUUGAAGGAUUACACCAAGUGGCCAUCAUUGCCUCUUCAUUGCCGAGAAACUUUGGAGGGUUACUGCAAGGAAAUGGUGAAAUUGUGCGAGAACUUGAUGACGAUAUUAUCGAAAAAAUUGGGAUUACAAGAAGAUAGACUUCAAAAUGCGUUUGGUGGUAAAGAUGAAGCAGGAGGAUGCUUGAGGGUUAAUUACUACCCAAAAUGCCCUCAGCCGGAGUUGACUCUAGGCCUCUCUCCGCACUCUGAUCCCGGAGGAUUGACCAUUCUCUUGCCGGACGAACAUGUCGCCGGCCUUCAUGUCCGUGGAUCCGACGAUGCUUGGAUCACAGUUGAACCAGCUCCCCAUGCUCUCAUCGUUAACAUUGGUGACCAAAUUCAAAUGCUAAGCAAUUCAGUAUACAAAAGCAUAGAGCACAGAGUGAUCGUGAGCCCUGCAGAAGAGAGGUUGUCAUUGGCGUUUUUCUACAACCCAAAGGGUAAUGUUCCGAUCGAGCCACUGAAGGAACUAGUGACCGUAGAUUCACCAGCUCUCUACACCUCCACGACCUACGAUCAAUACCGUCAAUUCAUUCGUACGCAGGGUCCACGCAACAAAUCUCAUAUCGACGAACUUAGAUCCCCUCGAUAGUGGAAUGUGCUUACACGAAUCUAUAUAAUGAAUUGAUGUUUUUGUGUUAAAUAAUGAACUAUUUAUCGUGUUG